CUAGAUUGGGGCAGUAAAGCACUUACCUACCUGUUGAAAAUCCCUUUUUUCUGCCUUUAAAGAUAGCAGGAAUUAUAAACAUGUUUAGCUGAGAGGAACACUGUGAACAGGGUGGAGUUUGGAGGGGAGCCCAGAAGGAUGGAGAAUGGUCCUAUAUAAACAGAGCACAAGUUACAGCACAUUUCACAGACCAGCUUCCAGCCUUAAACUUAGUGAAGAAAGGAAGAAGGACGAACCUGUAAGAGCCACUAUGAGAAAAAGUUAUCAGUUGCCUCUGGUGCCCUUGUUGCUGCUGUGGGCCGUUUGCAGCGUGGUGCAGGUGCAGGCAGAGGUCAAGGCGGUCAAGCUCUGUGGCCGUGAAUUCAUCCGGGCCGUAGUCUACACCUGCGGAGGCUCCAGGUGGAGAAGGCUGCUUACACCACAAAAUGACGUGUUUUCUCUUGCAGAGCAAAGCAGUGAUGAGGACCUGAGUGAGAGCACAGGGUCAGAUCUGUCAACACGAGACCUGAACCCCAUGAUGACCAAUGUAUGCUGUCAGGUGGGCUGCCGGAAGAGUGACCUCUCUCUCCUGUGCUGAGGACCAGACAUGCUCUCUUAACAAGCUCACAAGCUCCACAGUGUGUGUUAGAGAGAGAGUGAGAGCGAGAGAGACAGAGAAAUAGAUAUAGAGAGAGAGAGAGAGAUCCGUGGGCCUUAUAUGUUAUUUAAAAUCAGUAAUAGCAGCUGUCUUUCUGUUCAUGGUAUUGAAAAUGCCUGGUGAAUCAGUACACAUGACCAUACAUUUGGGCAUAAAACCCAAGCAUUCUGUAUAUUCAAUAUGAUAGGAGGGAGUGCUUGGUUUGUAGAAAAAAAAAAUGUUUUGUGUGAUUCAAGUGCCUACAAGAGAGUUUGAUGUAAUGUAUAUUUUGAUUUUUUCUUUUUGUCUAAUAAAUGUUACUGCAUAAUUA